UCGGGUCGCCAUGGCAACGGCCAGAAGCCGCGGGAGCUUCUGGGCGGUGCCGCCGCCGCGGCCCCUUGGACGAGCGCCGCGCGGAAUCCGCGAACUGUCCCCCCGGCCCCGAGGGUGCAGGUCCUGGACUGACGGCGCUGUCCUGACCCAUGGACGCCGCCUCUAGCCCGUGGAAUCCAACCCCGGCUCCCAUCAGCAGUCCUUCCCUGCUGCUCCCCGUCCCUGCCAUCGUGUUCAUCGCUGUGGGCAUCUAUUUGUUGCUGCUCGGCGUCGUGCUGCUGACUAGGCACUGCCUGCUGGCCCAGGGCUGCUGUGCCGACUGCAGCUCCCCCUGCAGGAAGCAAGGGGCCUCUAGGCCCCAGGACUAUUGCUGGACCUGUGCAGAAGCCUGUGACUUCCCUCUGCCCAGCCCAGCCCACUGCCUGGAUGCCUGCUGCCCCCAGCCCACGGAAGCUUAUUUGGCAAAGAUGGGGUCCUGCCGCAGAUACUCUUUCAUCCCUUCUGCUACUUGCCUUUUUGACUUGACAUCACACCUUGACACCCCCCUCCCCGCCACCGCCAACCGUCCUGCGCCUGUGUAUGUAGACAGGGUUGGGCCCCCCGCUGCCCUCGCUGCUGCCCGCUCUGUGACUGCGCCUGCGCCUGCCAGCUGCCUGACUGCCAGAGCCUCAACUGUCUCUGCUUUGAGAUCAAGAUCCGAUGAGGACCCGGAGUCCUUGCCCCUUGGAGAGUGGCCAACCCCCGGGGCCCCCACGCCCCGUUCCCUGACGGGGCCUCCAGGCACCUUUCUCCAGGCCCCUGGAACCACAUAUGGCCUGGCUAGCUCAUUGGGCUGUGCAGAGCCUGGCUCCCAGCAGAGCAGGACUCAGAGAGCCCUUGGCCAUUUGGACUGUCCUUUGGAGGGCCAGGAGGGAGAGGGGCUAGCACUCUGGCAGAGGACCCCACGGGCCUAUCCUCCUCUCCAUGUAAACCGUUAUCAUUGAAGGUGAGGUGGGAGACACUGCUCACCACAGACCACCUAUGGGACAGACUUGAACCUGCAGUAUGAGGAUAUAGGGCUGCCCCAGCCACACCUUGCUGUGGAUUCUCGAUCCCUGUGCAGAGAUCGAUUUCUCUUGACCACCUCUGAGGGCUUCAGGCUGGAUUUCCAAGAAAAUUUCCUCUAAGGUAC